AGAUACCGCCACUGGGAGUGCCCGCCAUAUGUAACCCGUCUUUGCUCACUCACAACAACAGCCCCGCCUGCCAAGCAGCGGCCAGCCUCUUCCCCGCCUCCCCUUCCACGUUUCCCCCGCCUCUCUCUCUCUCACACCGCUCCUGGCAGACAGGAACGCUGUUCCGGGGGCUUCCGGUUUGUAGCCGCUAUGGAGGAGCUGGUUCCGGGUAGUCCCCGGUGCUUACUGCAGGAAUUAAAGAACUUCACGGAGCGGUGUCGGAGCCGCCUGGCUGACCUGCUGCAGGAGCUGGGCUGGGAGCAGGCAGACACACACGGAGAGCAGGAGACUGCAAUAUGUCCAUAUGAUGCUAAUCAUAGAAUGCCUAGAUCAUCUUUGGAGAAACAUGUCAUCGUAUGCAGACGGCGAAAGCUGGGCUACACGAAGGAAGAGGCAGAAGUCUAUGACUCUCAUUUUUACUAUGAGAAGGCCAAUGUAACAUCCAUUAUGCUAGAUAAAGAUAAGCAAUUUCAGGUAAUCAAAGACGCCAUGAAUAAUGCUGCUAGCACAAGUGAAGGUAGCUCUUGGGACAAACGUGAAUACUCUUCCUCACCUGUUGAAGUUCCUCUUACCCACAAGCGUGCCAUCUGUGACCUGACAUCUGCCGAUCGCCUGGCCAUUUAUGACUAUGUCCUACAGGAAACAAAGAAGCUGAGAUCUAUAGCCGAGAAAAAUGAAUCUGAUCUGUUUGAGGAUUUAACUUCAAAGAUCAACCAAGAUGAUGAGCAGAAGUGUCCAAAGUCCCACCUUGAAAUCAUGGCAGAAAUGAGGGACUACAAAAGGAGACGCCAGUCAUAUAGGGCAAAGAAUGUUCACAUAACCAAGAAGUCUUAUACAGAGAUAAUACGGGAUGUCAUUAAUUUGCAUAUGAAUGAGCUAAGCAGCAAAUGGCAGGAAGAAAUGCAUGACGAAGCCAACUCCACUAUUUCAUCAUCCUCUGUGAAAAGAAGGGAUCAGCAGCGCUCUCCGUCUGUGGAAUCCAGACAGUCUGCUGGAAGUCACAGGGACCAACAUCGAUCUGGGCGCAGGAGAGAGCGCAGCAGGAGUCCUCACAGACAUCGCAGUAGGGAUAGAGACAAAGAUUCUAGGCGCAAAAAAGACAAGAAUGAAGAUAGACACCACAAGCGAAGAAAGGACAAUGACUAGCUACUGUUACGGACUGUGAACCUUGCAAAUACAUUUUACAUUAAAGACUUAACUGGCAUUUUUAUUUUUA